AUGAUUCCCUCGAUACGCUCGGCUGCCUUGGCCCUCUUCGUGGCCAUGGCAGGCGUUCAGGCCCAAACCAUCCCCCAGAGCACGGCGAACGAGACGAGCGGUGGCGGCAGGGCGUGCAACAACUCGCCCGAGCUGUGCGGCAAGCAGUACAACGCAAUCACCUACAUGGGAGCGCACGGCGCUUCGUUCCUGCGAGACGGCAGCACGGGAAACUCGGUAUCCGGGAACCAAUUUCAGAAUGCCACGGCCGCCCUCGAUGCCGGCCUUCGGCUUCUCCAGGUGCAGGUGCACAAGUCCGGCUCGACGCUGAAGCUCUGCCACACGUCCUGCAGCCUCCUCGACGCCGGCUCUCUCGAAUCCUGGCUCUCGGUCGUCAACGGCUGGCUAUCCAACAACCCCAACGAAGUCAUCACCCUCGUGCUCGUCAACUCGGACGAGGCGCCGGCCUCCGAUUUCGGCCCAGUCUUUGAAACGUCGGGAAUCGCAAAGGUCAGCUACAACCCGGGCACGUCGAAGGCGACGAGCAACUGGCCGACGCUGGAGAGCAUGAUCGGCCAGGGCACCCGUGUCGUCUCCUUCGUCACCAACAUGCCCUUCUCCUCGUCGACGCCUUACCUCCUCCCCGAGUUUGACUUCAUCUUCGAGACCCCGUUCGAGGUGUCGGACAUGUCGGGCUUCAACUGCACCGUCGACCGACCCACGCGCGCGAGGCCGGUGGCCACGGCGCUGUCGAAAAACUACAUGAGCCUUGUCAACCACUUCAAGUACCAGGAUGUCACGUCCAGCAUCCAGGUGCCCGACGUGGACAGGAUCGAGACCAUCAACAGCCCCGACACGUCGGCCGAGGGCAACCUGGGCAAGCAUCUGCAGCAGUGCGCGACGGAGUGGAACAAGCAGCCAAACUUUGUCCUCGUCGACUUCUGGGACAAGGCGAACCCGUUGCAGGCGGCGGACAACUUGAACCGAGUGAGCAGCCCCGUGAGCCGCAAGAGCACAACGUCCACUCCGUCAACGGGCGGAGCGACGAACGCCGGGAAAGGUGAAUACGGCGCGCUCGUGAGCCUCUUGACGGCGGCCACUCUACUGCUGCUGUAG